UGUUGUGAAUGUCAAUUGACUGUGAGGACUGUGAGUUACGCAUUUAGCCAAUAUAAAAGAUGACUGGAAAUGUCAGUUGUGAAAAGAAACUUGGAAUAAUGUCAGACAAAUGCCAUAUUAAUUUAAAUAACGAAAGCAGUAUUCCACCCACUUCUGAAAAAGUAACGAAAUCAACUGGAAGAAAAUCUUUUUGUAAAAGGAGAUCAUCGUGUUUCGACAGUUUGGCAGUGAACAGUGGGUUUGGGAAUAGCACGAACACCGAGGGUCGACUGGGAGAUGUUGGAACUACGAAUACUUCAGCUGAAGAGCUUAUGGAGAAACUGAAAUCUGAGAAACAAGCAUGGCGAAGCCUGUAUGAAGAAAGGAAGCAAAAAUAUAGAACAGUGAAAAAGUAUUUAAAUUCUGAGCCUCUUAAACUCGACUGGAACAAUUGUGCAGAUGUUCUGCCGGAUGAAGAUAAACAGUUUCUUAGUGAUCGACCAGACUAUGAAAAGAUUGUUUCAAAGAUGAAUCAUGUGUGUGAAAUGGCAUCCAUCUGCAUGCACAUGAAGCAUAAAUCUGCUCAUACAUCCAAUAAAAUAAUAGGAAUAGCAGAACAACAGGUAGCAGCUAUUAAGAAGAAAAUAUUUAAACAUGCAGAGGCAUAUUAUACAUGAUGACUCAGGAAGAACUUUGAUCUUGUUUAGAUUUGCCUGAUUUGCACAGGAUGGCACAUGAAGUAUCAUUUAUGUCUGAUUUUUCACAAAGUAGGAAUGUGUCAGAAAAUUUCAGUAAAUAUCAGAUUUCAUAAAAAUCUAUUUGGCUGUUCUUGAGUAUGUGCACAGGUAUGGUGAAGCCAACAGGUGCACAUUUCCAACUAUUCAUUGCAAAUGUGGCAGAAAGAAUAUAAAAAGGAGACAGUUUAAAUUAUAACAAAGUAACACUUGUAGAAUCAUGCUUAAUUAUAUUUAUCUUAAUUGAAUGUGUAUUUAUAUUUGUGUAGAUCUUUAAAUUCAGGUGCGAGGAAGCUCUGUUUAAUUACUGUCAAGAAUAAGAGACUGGUGAUAAUCUUCUGUUUGAAUACCAUCAUUCAUUGCUGAAGUUUUUUAAAUACAGGCAUAUCAUUCACUGUCUUUUAUUUAUCUCGAACCCUGUAACAUUUACAGAAAUGUUGUAGUGGACACAAAAUGCAUGUUUCAUUUUUUUUUCCCCUCUACAACUUCUGUUCAAAGCAGAUUUUGCGCUGAUGAAAUAUCUAGAAGAGCUAUGGACAAACUGGGUGCAGAAAUUCAUAUGUCUUUAUAUAUAAAUAGCCUGUUAUUUUAGUCCAGUUUUAGCCAUAAUUUGGAGGCACGCGGUAGCAUAGUUGGUUGAGGCACUAUGCUACAAGUCAGAA